AUGAUUAAUGAUAAAUAUAGAUUGUUAACUGGUCAAGGUUUUGAUGCACAGUGGCAGAGCGCCGUCAAUAAUAACGAUGAUGUGUUUGUUAUCAGUGUGAUAGGCAAUAGCCGUGUUGGGAAAAGUUUAAUCGUCAAAGCUUUCUCUUUGGAAAAUGAGAACAGUCCAACAGCAGCUCCGCCCGAAGUAGACGAUUUAUUGGUUAGCACUACAGGGAAUAUUGGCUGUUAUGAAAGUAGAAAUAUGUCAGAAGGUACGAGUAAGACACUGGUAUUAGAUUAUGAAGGUGAAGACUCUGGCCUGCCAUUGAUGCUACGACUGAGACGACACAUGCACGGGAGCGAUAAACAGAACGAGAGACGAAAGUUUGUGAAAGAAUCUUUUUCGAAGCUGGCUUAUAUUCUUGGUAAUAUUGUAAUUUUGGUUGGCAAGGACGAAUUGAACAAUUUCAGUUACGUUGAACGUUGUUCAAAGUUUGCGAAAAGAGCAGCUGCAGGCGUCAAAGACUGUGAACACUUACCAGUAUUAAUAAUUAUUCAAAAUAUGAGUAUGUCGCAAACGAAAUGCAAUAGCGAUUUACUUAUAGCUCGAUUUCUAGAAUGUCAUGGAAACUCAAUGAAUAUGAUGGAACUAUAUACAUACUUUUCAGAUAUUUUUUGUUUCCGCUUGCCAAUUACUUCCAAUCAAACCUGGGAUAAAGUAACUGGUAAAUUUGGCUCGCAAAUAUUUCAGGAUAAUAUUGAUCUAUUAAAAACAAAAAUUAAAGAAAUCUAUCAUCAACAUGUACAACAGCAACGUUUAAUUACACAUAUGCAAUGGCUGUUUAUGAUGGACAGUGUUUUAGAAACCGUUUCGGAUGGUGGAACAGUCUCUCUAGUAAUACUAUUAGCAUAG